GUUAAACGAUACGACAGUUCAAUAUGAAGAGGCGGAAGAUCCAGAUGCGGUCACAUUGCUGUCCAUCCUGCUCGUCGGUAUAUUUCUCUCCCUCCUGAUAUUCGUGAGUACAGCUGGCAACAUCCUGGUUUGCAUAGCGAUAUACACAGACAGGGGGUUGAGACGGAUCGGUAACCUGUUCCUGGCGUCGCUGGCGAUUGCUGACAUGCUAGUUGCCGCUGCUGUUAUGACAUUUGCCGGUGUCAACGACUUACUGGGAUACUGGGUGUUCGGCGAGCAAUUCUGCGACACGUGGGUUGCGUGUGACGUGAUGUGCUCUACCGCCUCAAUACUGAAUCUGUGCGCCAUCUCACUGGACCGCUACAUCCAUAUCAAAGAUCCUUUAAGAUACGGUCGCUGGGUGACACGUCGAGUAGCCAUUGUCACGAUCGCUCUUAUAUGGCUGCUGGCAGUGUUGGUGAGCUUCCUGCCAAUCUCCCUGGGCCUCCACCGCCCUCCAGAUGAAGAAACGACAACGCAACGUCCACCCCGAUAUCCGACGUGCGCUCUAGUCCUGACCCCGACCUACGCCAUCGUAUCCAGCUGUAUAUCGUUCAUACUUCCCUGCAUUGUCAUGAUCAGCAUAUAUUGCAGAUUGUACUGCUACGCUCAGAAGCACGUCAAGUCCAUCCGGGCGGUGACCAGGACGGUACAGCUCCCUGACAAUCGGACCAAGUCCGUCCGUACCAGGGUCCACACCCACGUCCACUCCUCCCCGUACCACGUGUCGGACCACAAGGCUGCCAUCACCGUGGGGAUCAUCAUGGGGGUGUUUCUGCUUUGCUGGGUGCCAUUUUUCUGUGUGAACAUUGUUGCUGCUUUCUGCAAGACUUGUAUACCAGAUCUCGCGUUCAAAAUCCUCACGUGGCUAGGCUAUUCCAAUUCCGCUUUCAAUCCGAUCAUUUACUCCAUAUUCAACACGGAGUUCCGGGAGGCGUUCAAAAAAAUACUCACGUCCAAAUACCCCCCCUGCUGCGGCUACCAAACGGUUCGAGCGAACACACCUACCAGAAACGAUAAUUUUGUCACUGACUACGGAACGAAAACUUUAGUCGUCAGGAGAAGUGGAUCACUAGGACUGUCUGGAGUUGAUCCUACUCCGAGAUCGUCAGCCGAGUCAGUCAAGCCUUUGAGGGAUUACCACAUCUGAC